CGGAGUGGGAGCGGGAGCGGAACCCGGGCCGGGGCCGGGGCCGGGGCCGGUGGAAUGGAGCCCCCGCGCGCGCCCGCUCUGCGCCGCCUGCUGCCGCCGCUGCUGCUCCUGCUGCUGCCGCUGCCCCCCCGCGCCCGGGCCAAGUACGUGCGGGGCAACCUCAGCUCCAAGGAGGACUGGGUGUUCCUGACGAGAUUUUGCUUCCUCUCGGAUUACGGCCGACUAGACUUCCGUUUCCGAUACCCUGAGGCGAAGUGCUGUCAGAACAUCCUCCUCUAUUUCGAUGACCCAUCCCAGUGGCCAGCCGUGUACAAGGCAGGGGACAAGGACUGCCUGGCCAAGGAGUCAGUGAUCAGGCCAGAGAACAACCAGGUCAUCAACCUCACUACCCAGUAUGCCUGGUCAGGCUGUCAGGUGGUGUCAGAGGAGGGAACUCGCUACCUGAGCUGCUCCAGUGGCCGCAGCUUCCGCUCGGUGCGUGAAAGAUGGUGGUACAUUGCGCUCAGCAAGUGUGGCGGAGAUGGCCUGCAGCUGGAGUAUGAGAUGGUCCUCACCAACGGCAAGUCCUUCUGGACACGGCAUUUCUCUGCUGAUGAGUUUGGGAUCCUGGAGACCGAUGUGACUUUCCUCCUCAUUUUCAUCCUCAUCUUCCUCCUCUCCUGUUACUUUGGAUAUUUGCUGAAAGGUCGUCAGCUGCUUCACACGACUUAUAAAAUGUUCAUGGCUGCAGCAGGAGUGGAGGUCCUGAGCCUCCUAUUUUUCUGCAUCUACUGGGGCCAGUAUGCCACGGAUGGCAUUGGCAACGAGAGCCUGAAGAUCCUGGCCAAGCUGCUCUUCUCCUCCAGCUUCCUCAUCUUCCUGCUGAUGCUGAUCCUUCUGGGGAAGGGAUUCACGGUGACACGGGGCCGCAUCAGCCACUCGGGCUCGGUGAAGUUGUCUGUCUACAUGACCCUGUACACCCUCACCCACGUGGCGCUGCUCAUCUAUGAGGCCGAGGUUCUUUGCAGUUCCGGUCAUGGCCCUGAUCGCCAACUUUGGGAUCCCCAAGUGGGCCCGGGAGAAGAUUGUCAAUGGAAUCCAGUUGGGGAUCCAUCUGUAUGCCCACGGCGUGUUCCUGAUCAUGACACGCCCCUCGGCGGCCAACAAGAACUUCCCGUACCACGUGCGCACGUCGCAGAUCGCCUCGGCCGGAGCCCCGGGCCCUGGAGGCAGCCAAUCCGCAGACAAGGCCUUCCCGCAGCACGUCUAUGGGAACGUGACGUUCAUCAGCGACUCGGUGCCCAACUUCACGGAGCUCUUCUCCAUACCCCCGCCCGCCUCCUGCGCCGGGAAGCAGGUGGAGGAGACAGCGGUGGCGGCGGCGGCGGCCCCGAGGGGCCGCGUGGUGACCAUGGCCGAGCCGGGCGCGGCCUCCCCGCCCCCUUCCUCUCGGUUCCCCAAGGCGGCCGACCCAAGCUGGGAUGGCCCGACGCCGCCCUACCAGCCGCUCGUGCCCCAGACAGCGGCGCCGCACACCGGCUUCACCGAGUACUUCAGCAUGCACACGGCCGGGGGCACCGCACCCCCGGUCUGAGCACCCCUGCCCGCCCCUGCCCCAUGGGCCGCGCGCCGGGCCCCGGCCGGGCUCCAGAUCCCCUCUCUCACCCGGCCCCAGGGCUCUGUCAUCCCCGGCCUUGCCAAACCUCCCCACCCCGCGCGCCCAGGUAGGGGUGCGUAGUGUCCUGCUCCCGCCCAGUCCCCCUUUGACUCGUGCCAAACGGUCCCGCGGGAGCCGCUCUCCCCGUCCCCUCCCUCAGCCCCUGCCCCGAGCGGCACCGGAUUCUGGGCUCCCGCUGUUCCGUGACCUCCGGCCCCCUGGCCCCCUCCGAGACCUCUGACCCCGCCGGACCCCGGAACACCAGUGACGAUCGCCGGGACCCUGCCUGAGGUUCUCCAGGAAUCCGCGACCCCGAGCCACUCACUGCUCCCAGGACAGAUACUGUGAAGCUACUCUCGACUCUGAAACCUUCCCCUGGAUCUCUGUGACCUCGGACCCGUACUCUGCCCCCCUAUCUCCAUCCCGGAGGCCCUCCCUCAGGUCCUUGGCAGAAAGACUUUUUCCCCUUCUUGCCAAAAUAAAGAGGAUUCGUUGA